AUGAGUGGCUGGUGAACACAACGCAAAUAGGAAUUAUAAAAUUAGUUCAUGCUCUUCCUCCAUCGCGGGUUACCGUAACAUUGCAGCAUUUUACACAUGUCGGUGAAAGAGUCACAUAACGAGAAUUUGAGGCAUAUCUUUAGAGAUUGCAGUCGGUUGAACCUGCCUGGGGAAGGAAUCGAAGGUUUUCAUCAAGGGUAGGCGUUUGAUAACUAGCAACGUUUAAGGGAUAUCAACGGUAGCCUUGUCUUCAUAGCUAUCGGUAAGUGGAAACAUUGUAGUCAAUAUUUCAACAUUUUCGUUCUCCUUAUUGGGCCCAUUUAGCUUUUCUCCGACGUCUUCUAGGCUUGCUGAUGUGUCUGUUGGUAAAUAGCGAAUUUGACGUGGUUUCAAUGUGCCGGUUGCGGAUGGAAACCGUAGACGGGAACCCAGCAUUAAAGUAGAAAUCUAAAUCAUUUAAACAAGGCUAUCAGUCUAGACGUUUUGCGUUGAAUUCAGGUUGUGUGUGUAACUUUAAUCUAUCGACAAUUAGGCUACAGUCCAGUUAGAAGGCUACAGUCCAGUUAGAAGGCUGCGUCGGCUGCCGUCAGAUGGUCCACUACGAGACUUACAAUCGGGCUUGGUUGCGGGUACUGUGCAGGUCUCGCGUAGCGCAUGGACGGAAAUUAUUGGCUAUAAUAUAGGACCCAUGAUUCAUUCGAACCUAGCGAGCUAAUUUGACAAGCAUUUUCAGCUAGCAUGGCGAAUAUUGACAUGUAUUACAUUUAUGUUUAACAUGGCACAUUAUUUAUAACCAUAGCGCAUUGAGUCGUUCGCAGUUAUAUCAUAACCUCAUGUGGUGCUCUGGCAGGAUUACAUCAUUGGUACAGUGAAACAAAGACCGGCAGAUGGCGGGAUUGAGUCGUUUAAUUUUACCGUCCAAAGGGACUCUGUUUAUGCAAGGCAAACCUGUUCCUAGAUGUGUUCUAAGACGAAAUCAACAGUACAAAACCAAUGAUGAAAUCAACUGGGGGAAGAAAAAAAAAAAUGUUUUAAGCAAUUGAUCUUGUCAUCAUGACUAUGAACUUUUAAACUAACACCACCAGUCUGAGAUAAAAGCAUACAGUAGCCAUGGACCUGCAAAAUAAAGAUAUCCUUCCCAGAGAGAUUCUGCCAGUUGUUGUCAUCGGUAACGGCCCCUCGGGCAUCUGCCUGUCAUAUCUGUUGUCAGGUUACACCCCUUACCUGUCUCCAGAGGGCACUCACCCUAACCCCCUACUGCAAGGCAAGCUGGAUCAACAGCCUCAUUUGUCAUUGUUGGAGCUGGACCUGGAGUACCUGUGUGAGGGACUAGAGGGCCGCUCCUCCAACCCCGUGGCUGUGCUGUUUGACUCCCUGCUCCUGCCCGACAGUGACUUUGGGCUGGACCAUGCCUCACCACUGCUUUGGCGCUACGAACCGGAGCGGGCCACCCCACACCUGGUGCUUGGCAAAGGACCUCCAGGAGGAGCCUGGCAUGCGAUGGAAGGCUCCAUGCUCACUCUCAGCCUGGCUAACUGGAUGGAACUGCCCGGCCUGAAGCUUAAGGAGUGGAUGAGAGAAAAGCGCAGGAACGUCCGUAACGACAGGGCCACCCCCGCCGAGAUUGCCUCCUACUACCAGCACUAUGUCAACCAGAUGGGCCUGGAGGACAGCUUCGCCUGCGGCACCACCGUCACCUCCAUACAGAGGGUGAACUGCGAAGGGGCCAGCAGCCGUUCCUUUUGGAAAGUCCAGGGGACCCAGAAGAGGGAGGCUGACGAGCUGGGGGAAGGAAGUCUGUCAGAGGUCCCCUUUAUAGUAUGCGCAGACUACGUGGUUCUGGCCACGGGCACCCAUGACAUCCCGGCCCGUCUGGGCGUGGAAGGUGAGGGUCUCCCCUUCGUGUGCCACAGCUUCUGGGAGCUAGAGGCAGCAAUCUCCAAAGGCCAGCUGGACCACACCUCAGACCCAGUACUGGUGGUGGGAGCCGGGCUGACAGCGGCCGACGCUGUCCUGGCAGCUCACCACCUCAACACGCCUGUGUACCACGCCUUCCGGCGCUCGGUCACCGACCCAGGCCUCAUCUUCAACCAGCUUCCCAAGCUCCUCUACCCUGAGUACCACAAGGUGCACCAGAUGAUGACACAGCAGCAGCAGCAUGGCCAAGACACCCCCAGCUCUGGGGGAAUGGGCACCCUGGUGGACCAACAGGAAAACAACACCGCCUCCAUGUCUACUGGCUCCUACCCAGGCUACGUCAGCCUGCCCAAACACCGGGUGGUGGCCUUCAAGCCUGACAGGAAGUGCGUGCUGGAGGGGGAGGACGGAUGUCGCACCGUGCUGCAGGUCUCCAUGGCCCUGGUGCUGAUUGGCGCCCACCCCAACCUGUCCUUCCUUUCUGAGAACGGACGGCCCCUCGGCCUCAACCCCCAGGAGCCAAUCACGUGCCGGCGGAACCCCCUGGAAGUUGACCCAUACACGUACGAGUCGGUGUCAGAGGGGGGGAUGUACGCCAUGGGGCCUCUAGUUGGGGAGAACUUUGUCCGCUUCCUCAAGGGGGGAGCUUUAGCCAUCGCUAGCGACCUCGCCAAGAAGCAGCGGGCCAAGGAGGAGAAUCGCACCACCCUGCGUGUGUCCUAGACUCCUAGGGGUUAAGGGUUGCGACAUGAGUAAACUGCUCCUAAGGCCUGUAUUAUUAUUAUUAUUAUUAUUAUUAUUAUUAUUAUUAUGAUGUGGGCUGGUCAGCUCAGGCUAAAAGACUGAAGUGCAAUCUGUGACAAUACGACCUGCACCAGUCCCAAUAUUCCUCAAAGGACAUUGCCAUUCUCUCUGGCUCCACUGAGAGAUUAAUUUAAUAUUCUUACCAGGGCAGGAGAUUAGGCCUGGGUUGAUGUGUAGCUAAUCAUAUGGUGCAAGGGUAGAAUCCAAUGAGUAUAGAGUACCACAGUAUGAGUCAUAAUACCCAUAGAUAAUAGCGGUCAAACAGGCAGUCAAACAGGCGGUCAAACAGGCGAAUGGUUCCAAUUGUUUUUACACCAUUUUUCCCAUAGGGGAUAUAAGUGCCAUUAUUAUCUGGAUGAGACUGCUGACUCGAGGCAAAGGUAAUAAUAUCUGUAUGAACUAUGUUAGCUAAAUGUAAUAAUUAAGAAAUUGGCCAAAUGUAUUUAAAUGGACAAUUCUGUGAUCUGGCUUGUGUAAUUUUUAAAUUGACACAAUACCUCUUAGCAAAGGUGUCAGAUUUGUAGUUUUGCAGGGAUUUGUAGUUUUGCAUGAUGUCUGCUUUGAUGUGAAUUAGCAUUUUCGAAUCAGUAAAUAUGACCUAAUAUAUUGAUAAAAGUCCCCUUGUCCUAGAGAUUUACAUGGUUAUCCAAGCGUCAUGCCAGGGUAAGCCUACACGAAACACAGCACUUAUUUUAAGUGUUUCUAAAAUCCCCUAUGGGAAAAAUGUAUGGUGGAAAAACAGUUGGAGCCAUUUCCCUGUUUGACCACUAGAUUUUAUGGGUAUUAUGACACCUCCACUGUGGGGCGCUAUUUGGUUCCUCAUCAAGUAUGCUAGCCCUAUACUACAUAUGUAGUUUGAGUUAGCAAGGUAACUCUGAGUUCAACUUGGGAUAACCGGUACCAUGAAAGUGGCUCACCUUUUAGCCAGGUAAAUGUUGUAUGGCCACGAAUCCUUCAAAGCUAACCUGCUCCAGGGCAGGUUAACUUGGGUCUAACUACAUUUAUCCUGAAUUAAGUGUCUUCGCCACGAGUUGAGGACCAAUAAAAUCAGAUUCCCUCACUCUCCCCAAGAUUGCGUCAUCAUCCACUUAAUUUGAGGAAGAUGACUGAUUUUAAAUAUUUAUUCAUCAAUUGUUUUUGUUAAAAUAGUCAUUUUAAAAUACCUAUCACAUUACACAUUAAGUAAUGACAAAUGCAUUUGAAACUUCAUGCACAGUAAAACCUUUUUUGACUUUUAUUGGUGGGAGUGUGGAAUAAAGGUGCUAGUGCAUUGAUAACCACAGCAAAGUAAUAAAAUAAAGAUGGCACUCCUAAAAGUCUAUUUCACACAACAGCCUGCUGAAUUUACUUAACUUUUUGGCACAAAUUAAAAUGGCACUGACUUGCCCAUGGAUUGAUGUUUCUGCAUUGUCUCAAUGAAGAGUUUAUGGUUCAACUAGCCACGAGCGACAUGCAGUUAUAAACCUGCUAGAGUUCGCAGCACGCGGAACAGCAAUAUCCACCGUCGUAGUACGGAUGAAGCCUGAGCUGAAAUGGGAAAACCCUGUGUAGCUAUCGGUUGCUUUGUUGUAUACCCCUCUUGUUAAUGUUUGAAAACUCAAACGCCAACGUAACUUCUCAGCUAAAUCUUUGAGAUUAGCUCUUUUGUUGCAUUGGUUUUCCAUUGUAAAUCCAUUUUGAAAGUGUAGAAACACAUUACAUUUACCAUGCCAUGACGUUUGAUGUAUUCUCUGAAAUGAGAAUGGUAUCGUAUUAAUUUAAUUUUUACGGACCUGUAUGUUUGCCUUUCUUCAAUAUCCAAUGAAAAAUUAAGUAUCUUUGUACGAUAAUGAUCCCUAUGUCAGCAACUGUGUCUAUAUUAGCAUCUUUCACAAACAAGAACUCAAGCUUGCCAAGCGGAGUUUGUUGUUUCAUUCCUGGUAGUUUUUCAAUCUGUUAGACCUUAAAUGUAUCUGUUUUAUUAUAUUUUUUUUAACCAGACGAUACGUUUAAGGGGCUAUUCUCUUGAUUUAUUUGCAGUAAAAACUUAAAGGUAAUAUGUUUAAAUUAAGAAUUACAGUGUCAGUUUAUGAUCAUGAUCAUGCUCAAUUUGAGACUAGGCUAAUUAUGAAAUCUAUGUUUAAGGCCCAUAUGCAUUCUCACCAAUCUGGGGUGACUUUCCUGAAAGCUUUGUAGCCAAUGUUGUAUUUUAAUUUUCUUGACAACCCAGACACCGCUCUUAAUUCGUUCACAUACAGAUUGACUACUAAAUGUUGCUACUUUCUCACUGAUAUGGGUCUGGGUGGUGGAGACUGUGUACUGUCAGCUAUUAAGCUUCAGGGAAACGCACUUAUUUUUAUCAUCCAGAGAGAAUUGUAAUUUUGUGCUAUGGGUUUUCUCUUGUACAUGCUUGUCCAGAUGGUGCCUUGGCCAAUUGCGUUCUCUGAGCUUCUGUUACUGCCCCAGCAGCAUUUGAUCUCGAGCCAGUGCCUUAAGACACAUUGCCAUUACCAAACUGGAAAUGUAUAAACUUAUCAUACAACCACUAGGUGGCCACAUCAAAUAUUAUAUUAUUCCACAGGUGUACAAAAAGUGUAUUGAAGGCCUAUAAUGCUCUUGUAAAGUUGUGGGGCCAUGUAUUAAGACAUCCUUUAAGAGACAAUAUUCAUAUGUCAACCAGAAACAGUUCAAACAUGUCUAAUUGAAUCUAGUUGAGAAACUAGUUACAAAUACAUUCAAAGCAGCGCACUAUUGACCGUCUCUUUAAAGGCAGCCCUAUGAGUGUCACGAAAAAUUACAACAUAGUUGGUUUCAUAUGGCUCCUUAGCACUUGCUACACAAGGCAGUAAGACCAAUGACCCACUGGUCUUUUCCAUGCCAGAUGUUUGUCCGAUCUUACAUUUUAAACCAUUACACAAUGUUAGGUACUUCUUAAAAAUAAAUGUAAAAUACACUUUUUUUUCUUCAAUCAUUCAUUCAUGGUCUCAUACAAUCAUUUUGAAAUCCGCAGAACCCCCGACCGAUCAAUAGAAAAGAGACCCGAUGCAAUAUUUUCAGAGAAUCUAAUAUUGUUUUUGUCCACAUUUGCUAUAAAUUGUUCUUCACCACUGUAACCAAAAUCUGAGAGUUGUGGAUCAUUGGUUGUUUAUUUUCGGGAAAAUGUCCACUCAAAAUGUUUGAUAGGUGGCUAUCAUGAUUUCACUUGAGUGUUUAACAUGUUGAUAUACAUGCACUACAAAUGCAGGAUUUUCUAUGGAUCCUUUGUAUUAAAUAUACUAUUUUCAACAAAC